GAUCACUUGUUUAUAAGGUUGUGAGCAUUGAUUUCUCUUUCAGCUCUCUUCAGUCCCUUGUUUAGACGUGCUUUGCGGUUUAUGAAAGCGUUGUGUUUGUAUUCUGUAAAUCAAAUAUUACUAAAAUGACUCAGGAAGGACAAGUAACGCCACCACCUGUCUUGUGGGCGCAAAGGAAUAGUGUCCUUUAUGUGACGAUUUGUCUCGAAGAUUGUGCAAAUCCAACAGUCAAAGUGGAACCAGAAAAACUCUUUUUUAAAGGUGUUGGUGGAACAGACAAAAAAGUGCAUGAAGUUACUAUUAAUUUUUAUAAAGAAAUCGACCCAACAAAAACAAUCGAAAAACCACAAGGCAGAAUCUUUGAAUUUGUACUUGCAAAAAAAGAAGAGGGACCCUACUGGCCACGUCUCACCAAAGAAAACAAUAAAUUCCAUUGGUUAAAAAGUGAUUUCAAUAAGUGGAAGGAUGAGGACGAUUCCGAAGACGAGGAAACCGGAGGUGGUGCAGGAAGACAAGAUUUGGAAGAGAUGAUGCGUCAAAUGGGUGGUUUAAGUGGAGCAGGCGAUAGUAAACCAAAUUUUGAUUCUUUAGAUCUCGGUGAUGUUGACGAUGAGGGCGAUAGUGACGAUGAAUCAUUGCCUGAACUGAUAAACAAUUGAUGUGCUAGCACCAAAAUUUAAGAAUUACAGUUCAGAAGAAAACAACAAAUUGCAAAUCACGUCAGUCGAUUAACGAAUCGAAACGUUUUGAAAAAUUUAUGUUUUGCAAUGCAUUGUGUUUAUUAUGAGAAAAAAAAAGAAAAAAUACCAGUUUUUAUACAAUUUAAAAUACACUUUAUAGCGACACGGUUAAAAAAAAGAAAGAGAUCAUAAAAGUUCCCAGUUUUUAAUAUUAAAAUGGAUGCAUUUCUAUCAUCUUGUAUCCCCCAAUCUAGAUCGAUAGUUUUAAAACUAAUUAUUAAUGGAAAAUGCUUUUUUUAAAUAAUAUAAAAUAUGUAAAAUAUUAAAAAUAAAAAUUAAAAAAAAACAUAA